CUUUUUUGGGGGCGCAGUGACAUCGGCGUCUGCUUCGGCGUCGGCUUCGGCGACCGUGUCGAACGUGACAUCUUGCCUGCAAUCGGCCAGACUCCUCCAGGCAGAGUCCGCUGAACGCUUACUGGGCCUCGCCUCCAGUGCUCACACACGUCGCGAAGAUCAUCACGGAGGACGUUCUGUAGCCAUUUUGGCUCAAGCCACUUCGGCUCGAUCUUCGGAUACCCGCCUGCGCUUACAUCUGCCAGGGCGAAGUGCCGUCUCUACAUGUCGGCAGCCUCCAGGCGCGCGUUGCCAUGAUCUGCCCCGCCAUCAUCAUGAUCGGGUCCUCCAUUGCUGCGUUAAUUGUCGUGGUCUACGUCACGAUAAUUUGGCAGAUUUGGCGCAAGUUUUUCGACAAGAGAGUGGAUCGAUCACACAACUUGUGCCCGUCGCACCGCUUACCACCGGAGGUCACGGCGGAGGAAAGAUGGGCCAAAGUGACCAGUGCUGUCGAGCGGCGGAACAGCCACACGGCAGCUCUUUUAAUCAGCAGGCAGCGCACGUCGCCACUCCGCGGGGCGAAGGCAGCGACAGUCCGAAGGCUACCGAGAGGAUCUCUCGUUCCUGGCAGUCCCGUCAUGAGAGUGGACACCGAGCGCAGAGCUGCCAAGCUUGACAUGGAUCACAUUUAUCUCGGUUUUUUUGACUUCUUGUGGGCCCAGGUUUUCGUUGGGACGUGCGCCCUUUGCUUCGCUGUCUGUGGGACGAUCUCGCUUAUCGCUCGCCAGGCUCUGCACAAACGCAAAUGGUUGGAACCGAAGCCUUGCGACCCGCGAACAGUAGUGGCGCGCUUGCUGCUCGAGACGACCGAAAUCAUAAACUUCCUGGGCAUCGCGAGCAACGAACAGAACCCUUCCAAGCCUCGGAUUGCCUCAUUCAUAUGGCCAAAUCUUCCGAUCCUCGAUGCCCGCGGUGAUUUUGAUGAUUCAAAGACGCUCUACAUUAAGGUUGACUUGGAGCGGAAGUCCAUGGUGAGCGCCGAGUUUGAUCGCCAGCACCUGACAGCAGAGGAGGCGAUGACGCUGGUAUGGUUCCACGCGAUAAUUGUCAACCACGUCAAAAUACACGCCCUCGCAAAUUGGGGUACGAACGUGCAUAGCCAUGAUCCCUUUCUGAGGUGUAGCUCUGUGACCACAGUUGCGUACAACUACUUUGGAUACACGGUGUUCCCUAUCCUGUCGCACUUGGCGUGCCUCGCUGGAGUGAUCAGUUUCCCUUGUACGGCUCUAUCCAAAGUCUUUGAAGCCGGGUUGACGACGGGCGUUCCGUUCCAUGCUAACGUCCGGGAGCUUCAGAGGGACUCUACGAUCUGCAAUUUUGUCAUCAAGGUGCGCCAUGGAUUCAUGAAGAUAUUCGAGAAGCACAGGGCGGCCAUGGGCGGCAUGGAUGGAGAGGCGUUGUUCGCGGGGACUGUGCUGCAUUCGGUGGACCAUACCGUGGGCGUCAUCAUUUUGGAGGACCCGUUGUGGCUCGACGUUGGUUCCGACAAGUUCGGGUACAUGGCUGAGAUUGGCCGCUACGUGCGGGCCGGCUUCGUGGAAGAUAUCAAGGGCGUUUAUUUCAACAGGCGCAUGAAAAAUUCGAAGCACCCUUUCUAUAAAGAUGUGUACAGAUGCGCCGAGAGAGUCAACGCCUUCCUCGCAGACAGCAUGGACACCUGUAUCAUCAAGUGAUCUUUUUUCCUGGAUGCGAGGGGACCCCCAUUAGGGUAGCUGUUAGGCUAGUGUGUGUUUGUUUGUUUGUUUGUGUGUGUGUGUAUCGUCGGAGCGUGUUUCUUUACUGCUUGGGGCAUGACGGGCGUCAUGGCCCCCGCCGCCCCCCCCUCCAUGACGUAACGUUCCCCCCCCCAGUGCGCUCCAGGCACUGCCGCCGUGCGCAUCGGGAUUCGCAUAGGUGUCCGCAGGAAUCCGCAGGAGCCUGG